GCGCAGAAGCUUGUGGCGUCAAAGCGCCCGCCGUGUCCAUGGAGAGAGGCUGAGGUCCCACGCUCCAGCCCGAGGCUGCGGGCACCGCGACGUGGACAUGUCGGCGUCGUUGGUCCGCGCCACCGUGCGGGCCGUGAGCAAGAGGAAGCUGCAGCCCACGCGGGCGGCGCUCACGCUGACCCCCUCAGCUGUGAACAAGAUAAAACAGCUUCUUAAAGACAAGCCAGAGCAUGUGGGUCUGAAAGUCGGCGUGCGAACCAGGGGCUGUAACGGCCUAUCUUACAGCCUGGAGUAUACAAAGACAAAGGGAGAUUCUGAUGAAGAAGUUAUUCAGGAUGGAGUCAGAGUGUUCAUUGAAAAGAAAGCACAGCUAACACUUUUAGGAACAGAAAUGGACUAUGUGGAGGACAAACUCUCCAGUGAGUUUGUUUUCAAUAACCCCAACAUCAAAGGAACCUGCGGCUGUGGUGAGAGCUUUAACAUUUGACACCUCAGGACUCCAAGCUCCAGGAGAGCCGGGAUCUACCUUGGAGCUUACUGAAGAAAUCAUGUGACUGUCACGUGCUCAGAAUUUAUAAUGCGUGGCUGCCUUGUGGGGAAAAAGAAAGUGAUGCAUUUGGAAACCAAGCCAGCAUGUUAAAAGAGUCCCGAAAGCAUGGAAUGUAUUAUCUGUAAGGCACAAAAACUGAGAAGCCGUUGGUUUGGGUCACUCUCUGUCCUGUGCAGAAAACUCCUGCCCUGCUCUUAAUGCUGUAGCGUGCUUUGCCCUAGAACCAGCUUCGUGGCCAUUGCUUUGCUGGGGAUUGAGGAAUAGAAUGGGAUGACAGAUGUGCACCCGUAGAUCGCAGUGAAUGGCUUGAGUCUGUCUCCUGGGCCCUUUCUCAACCUUUGCCAACUCCCAAUCUCAGGCAGGACAACUGUGGGUAACAUGUACUGGUGCCUCGUUUCCCCUCACCUUUGCCAUCGCCUUUUACGUUUUUGCCAAAAAAUGUGAUAAUCAGAUGCCUCAUUUGCCGACCCUACAACAGUUGGAGUUCUGAGUUCUAGUAUCAGAAAGCCUGGUUUCAGUCCAGCCCUUAGGGCAUGCUUCGUGAUGGUUUGCUUAGACCUUUCGAAUAGAAGCUCUUGUGGUAAGCAGCCAGCCAGCUCACUUGGCCCUUAUGUAUGGUGACUAGAUCUCAGCUUUUGUCCACCUCAGUGUCCAUGUUAGAAGAGCUAGCACAGUGCCCCGCUCUCCCUGGCUGCCUCUGCCAGUGUUUUAUGGUACACUCAGUGACGAUGAGUGGCGGCCUGGCUUCCUUGCCUGGUCAGCAUUUGGUAAGUGUUUCUUCUUAAUUUAUAGAGAUUGCAUUAGUUUUCUUUUGGAUGGAAAAGUCUUAUUAAAACUCUCUUGUAUGACUUGCCAUGGUGUUUGUUUGAAACAGUAGUUUCUUCUUACAGAGAAGAGCCUGCAGCAGUGGAGACACUGUCGGAGCACAGGCCCUGCGGAGGAGAACACGGAGACUCUUAGAGUUUCCAGUGUGCGUACACUUUCUGGUUCCUAAGUGAAACUGCUAAGUUUUGUAAUGUUUCUAUCACCAGUUUCUUGAGCCAUGGUUUUGCUGUAUAGUGCAAGUCAGCCUUGAACCCACCACCCUCUUGCUUCAACUUCCUGAGCCGUGUGCUGCCACACAUGAUUGACUUGCGUUGACAUCUUAAGUAGCCCGUGAGUUCUUUUGUGGAAGGCUGAGGUUUUUUUGUGGAAUGUCUGCGCUAUUAGCUAAACUACCACCAAAAUGCGCCAACUCGUAGUUUUAUAUGAAUGUUGAUGCGUUUGUAUCAUAAAUACAAUUGUUAAGACAUCCUUAAUUUGUGCAAUAUUGUAUUUCGAGAUUGAGUUAUCAAUUAAAAAGACAUCUUUGUGACCCUAA